AUGCGUCCACAGCCCACGCGCCAUGCAGGACCUCGACUGUAUCACAAAAAGUCGCGUAUGGGCUGCGCGAGAUGCAAGGCCAGACGUGUCAAGGUAGCAAAGCCCUCAUGUGGUGGUUGUAGUCGCCACCAGGUGGAAUGUGUCUAUCCACCCAGCCCAGCCAGCAGCCUGCAAUCCCUUCCUCGCGGAGCUGCUUCCAGACCACCACAAGUCCAACCGGCUGAGACACAUGCCGGUGCUGGGGUCGGCGAUAGCAGCAGCAGCAUCGAUCUCUGGAUCACACACCAUGACUCAUCCUCCUCUCCCGUUUGGGGCGAGAACUCGCCGCCGAGCGGCCAUCGUGACGACUCGAACAGGUCGCAAUCUGUAGCGAGCAACUGCUCCUCCUCGCACACGGGAGACAGCAGCAGCGCCGUGCACGAGGCCAACGACUACUUGUCGUCGCUUACGGACCCAGAAGUCCUGGAGAUCCCAGAGUCCAGGGAGAGGCGCAUGUGGGAGCUGAGACUGAUGCAUAAUUACCUGUCGAAUCAGGCACAGCAGUUCGCCAAGGCCAAGGCCACGGCGUUUCAUGGACAGCAACCUACUCCAGGUGUGGCCUUGACCGACGAGGACUUCAUAUGGGGGCGGGAUAUGCCGCGUCUGGCCUUCGAGAACGAUUCCAUCUUGUACAACAUGCUAGCGAGCAGCGCCCUCGAGAUGUGGACACGGACGACGGACCCGCACGAGAAAGAGCAGCUCCGACUGCUGCAGCAAAAGUACAUAGCUAUGGCCCUCCGGCAGCAGCGCCUCGCGGUUGGCAACCUCAGUGGGGACAACGCGGACAUGGUCUGCAUGGCCGCCCUGACUAUCUUGCUGAACUCGUUUGCGCUCGUCCAGACCCUCGAUCUGACACCGUGGCAGCCUCCGGUCGACUGGCUCCGAAUGGGAAAAGGUGCUGGGGCGGUGCUGACCAUCGCGACCGGCUACAUCGGCGCCACCGGCAACGAUCGCAUCACCCGCUUCAUAAAGAGCGGGCCCAAGAUGGACCCGCCCAGCGUUUUUGCUCCCGAGAACCGCACGCACCUGACCUGGCUACUGGAGAACGACCGCGGGUCGACCACCAAUGUUGGCGACUUCGAGUUCGAGAACAACAAGACCGCCCUCGAUAUCUACAACAAGAUAUUGAGUUAUAUUGGGUCUGUGCAGAAGGCCAUCGCCGACAAGGAACCCAUCUAUUUCGUCUGCCGCCGGUUGAUCGGCUUCACCAUGUACUGCCCUGAGCUGUACCACGGGCUCUUGGUCCAGAGGAGACCCAGGGCGAUGAUCACGCUGGCGCACUUCUUCAAGCUGUGGAUUCCGUAUGAUGACCUGUGGAUGAUCGGCAAGACGGGCGAAAACCAGGUUCGAGGCAUCUUCGAGACGCUGCCGCCGGAGUGGAAGCACAAGGUAGCCCCGAUCUUUGACGAGUACAACCUGGAGCCGUGA